AUGGCUGUUCGGUUGAAGAAGGCUGGUGUACGUGUUCUGCUGGAAUGCAAUUCCUCCACCUUUCUCCAGCAUUGUUCCCCUGCCAGCAGGUUUCCCAUUGUGGCCACGCCCCCUACCAGUGUCCAAAGUAGACCUGUCGUAAGCAGAGAGAGGGGGCCGGGCCAUACCUCAUCUGAACUUACGACAGGGAGCAGGAGCAGUUCCAUCGGUGCCAGAAGUGGGAGCAAGUACAUCGUCAACCCAUGUCGCUACCCUCCACACCUUCUGCACACCAGACUCUCCUGUGCAGUCACGCGGUGCCAGCCCCUCUCUAUCUCUCGUGAUCUACAACCUACUAGGAACAUACAAGACUUUCACAAGCUGUCUCUGGUCCCACAACAGCAGAGCCGUUUCCCUGAUUCCAGAGUCCCUCCUCUCCUCUCGUGUGUCUCCCUCCUCUGUGAGAGAGCCACACACCUCCCCCUCCCCCUCUCUCCCCCUCCUACCUCUUCUCCACACGACCAAGUGCUGACAGUCCUAUCACCUACUUGGAAUGUCCCUCACAUGUUGGCUGCCAUGUGUACAUUCUCCUCCUCCUCUCUCUUGUUGUCCUCUUCACCUGACAAGCCGCCUGGUGAUGACAGACCAACUGCAGCACAGAUGGCGAUUGUCCUUCUCAAACUAAGAGAAGAGGUGUUUGCAUAUGAAAAUUUUGCAGAGAGAAUAUUUUCCAAAUUGUCCCUGCCAACAGGUUUACACACCACAACUCUAAAACUAAGAGACUCUGCCUUUUUCCUUUUCCCACUAAACAGUAUUUUGCUAGCUAAUUCUGCUAAAAAUUAGUUAAUCAGAUUUCUGACACUCAGAUACCAUCGUUCUUUGACGGGCACCACAGUACGGACCUGUAUGCAGCCGACGUGGUGUUUGAGAACUCACUGGGACCCAAAUCCUGGACCGUCCAAGGCUGCACUGCCUACUCUGCCCUACUGACUAUCUGGAGACUGGGAGUGAGGACAUGUUUCACACACACUCAGCUGGACCUGCUCAAAAUUUCAAAGGACGUGGAGCAGGGAAAGAUAGAGGCAAGAUGGCGGGCACGCGGGAGACCCAGGGCUCCGUGGAGAGCUAAAGAGAGGAUUAUCGUCGAGGCUUUUUCCACUUUCCAAGUUGGAGCUGAUGGGAACAUAGCCAUUCACAAAGUGGACAAGGUGAUGCCUGGAGGGAAGGAACCUAAUAGAGUGAUGUCAUGGCUGGCUCGAGUGGGCGUAGCACUCAUUCCAUCCCCCCCUCACCCAUCCAUUGGGGUCACAAGAACAUCACAUGACAUCCUGCCCCAUAAUGCAUAGUAUUACAUCGUGAUUUGAGCAUGUCAAUGAGCAUGUCAAUGAUUUUCAUCUUCAGCGAUACAAAAAUCACCAAAAAAGACAAAUUGACAAAAAUCACCAAAAGGAACGGAAAGAUAAUGUAUUACACAAUGUGAGUGAGUGGGAGAGAGAGAGAGGAAUAGGAGCAAGAGAUUUAGUAUCUGAGGUCCAACUGAUGCUGUGAGAUAAACCUGUCCAGUGUCUCCCAGUACCUCAUGACAGACUGCUUGUCCAAGUGCCGUCUGUUCUGACUGAUCUGUGAUAUAUUAUAUAGGGCGUAAUAAUGCAUAAGGAGAGAUGCAAAACCAACCCUGACACGGUGGGGUAUCAGGGAGCGGAGAUAGGGUUCAAAAAGAGGGGCUCAAUAAAUCAUUUUUGUACACAAAAGCAAAUAAAAACAUACUAAUCGAAUGCCAAAGCUAGCGGCAGGAAGCGUCCUCAAAAAGUGGGGGUGCCAAAGCAC